UGCUUUGUCUUCUUCUUGAUUUCACCUCGUUAUUCCAACAGCUUCUGGUUUGAGAUCCGAGAUCCUUUUUUCACUUUUCGGCUUCUUAGUCGAAGAUGCAUGACGACGAUUGUAAUUGUCGGUGUCGUCCUGGUGGCUAUCAUUGUGAUCUUUCUUGGCUGCUACUUCCUCCUCCGAUUCAUUCACAGAGCCCUAGGAUCCGAUGGACGAAAGUACAGUAACAAUUCUCCAUACAGUAAUGUUGUCAUUCAUUCGAAGCGUGUCUACGAGAUUCAAGCAGAAGAAGGAUGCUUCACUGGGCCACCGGACAUUAACGACCCAGGCGAGGAGGCAGCGUCGAAAAGACGCUCACUGAAUGGGAGUGUAGACGGUGGUAGUGUAGGGUCAUUAAAGAAACCCGAAACUGGAGACUUGAAAACGAUACGAAUGGAACACGACUACGAAGAUCCCCGGCAGAUGAUGAGGAGGAAAGAGAAAAAGGUAUAUUCGAUAGCAACUUUUGAUUUGCUGUCUCCCUUGGUUAUCCGUUGA